ACACACACAUGGAACUCAAUAUUUACACAUGUGCUUGUUGUUUGUAGAUUUCGAUUGUUCCAAUUUGGGAUUUCCAUCAAAUUUCAAAGUUUUUUCCAUUCAAAAUUCUCCAUUUUUUUACCGUACGAAUGCCAUUUGGUACGCAUCAGAAAAUUGUUUUGGGUUGGUUAUUUUUUGGUUCCAUUGGUAUCGCCAGUUUUGUUUACGUUAAAAGUGAUUAUUUCAUCGAUCGUGAUGAAGCAAUAAGAGUUCGUGAAGAAAUUCGUCGUAAACUUGAACAAGAAAAAUAAGUGAAUCAGAUAAUUAUCGUCAUUCGACAAUAAUCAAUACUUUAUAAGCAAAUAAUCAUGGCAACACCACAAUUCAAUCUAGAUCCAUCUAAAAUGCAGAUUAUCAACGAAUUAGAAGUGGAAAUGGUUGCCGAUAUGUAUAAUCGGAUGACACGUGCAUGUCGUUUGAAAUGUAUUGUACGUAAAUAUAAAGAUUCUGAACUUAGUAAAGGUGAAUCUGUUUGUAUUGAUCGUUGUGUAGCAAAAUAUCUAGAUAUACAUGAUAAGAUUGGCAAAAAAUUGAAUUCAUUAUCACGGAUGGAUGAAGAAGCUGCAAAAAAAUUACAAUUAGAACAACAAUUACAACAAACCAAAUGAUUGUUGCAUAUCAUAUUUUACUAUGAAAUUAGAUUAAAUAAUGAAUAAUAAUAAAUAAAUAUAACACGUUAGAUUGUUGUUUUGACUUUAA